GGCCGGGGGAGGAGGGAAGGGCCGGGAGGCGGCUCCCCGUCCCUCUCGGCGGCGAUUUCAAGCGGCGGCGGCGCGGAGGGGCUAAGAUGGCGGCGGGCGGGGCAGGAUGAGCGGCGGCCGGCAGAGCACUUUGCCGCAGUUGUGGCGGGGGCCCCGCAGCGAAGCCGAGCGCAGGGACGCGGGCGGUGACAGCGAUGACGAGCUGCUGCUGGCGGCCGCGGCCGCCGCCGACCCCGGCCCGCUGCGGGGCUUCAGCGAGGCGGCGGGGGCCAUCUGGAUCUACCCCACCAACCUGCCCGUGCGGCCCUACCAGGAGCGCAUGGCCGGCGCCGCGCUGCUGGCCAACACGCUCGUCUGCCUGCCCACGGGGCUGGGCAAGACUUUCGUGGCCGCCGUGGUCAUGUACAACUUCUACCGCUGGUUCCCCUCGGGGAAGGUGCUGUUCCUCGCCCCCACCAAGCCGCUGGUGGCGCAGCAGAUGGAGGCGUGCGGCCGCCUCAUGGGCAUCCCGUGGCGGGACAUGGCGGAGAUGACAGGAGGAACGCAGGCUCUGGGCCGGCGGGAGCUGUGGAAUACCAAGAGAGUCUUUUUCCUCACACCUCAGAUCAUGGUCAAUGACCUCUCUCGUGGGACCUGUCCUGCUGUGGACAUCAAAUGUUUGGUUAUUGACGAAGCCCACAAAGCCCUUGGCAAUCAUGCCUACUGCCAGGUGGUGAGGGAGCUGAGCAAGUACACAAAUCAAUUCCGAGUCCUGGCCCUGAGUGCCACCCCAGGCAGUGACACCAAGGCUGUGCAACAAGUUAUCUCCAACUUGCUGAUAGCUCAGAUAGAGGUGUGUGCUGAAGAUUCUCCAGAAAUCCAGCCUUAUUCUCACGAGAGACAAGUGGAAAAAAUUGUAGUUCCACUUGGGGAAGAACUGGUAGAAAUUCAGAACACUUACAUCAAGGUGCUGGAAGCGUUUGCUGGGCGCCUGAUUAAGGUGGGAGUUUUAUCCAGGAGGGAUAUUCCCAGCCUGACCAAGUACCAGAUCAUCCUGGCCAGGGAUCAGUACAGGAAGAACCCCUCUGCACAGCAUGCAGGAAUCCAUCAGGGCAUCAUUGAGGGAGACUUUGCCCUUUGCAUCAGCCUGUACCACGGCUACGAGCUGCUGCUGCAGAUGGGAAUCCGCUCCUUGUUCAUCUACCUGUGGGGAAUCAUGGAUGGCUCCAAAGGGUUAUCCCGCACCAAGAGCGAGCUGGGGCGCAAUGAGGACUUCAUCCAGCUCUACCAGCAGCUUCAGGACAGCUUCUCAGACACUGUCCUGGCUCCUGAGAGUGCAGGUGCUGGCAAGAGCACAGCAGCAUUGGGAAAGAAAAAGGAAUUUGUCUACAGCCAUCCAAAAUUAAAGAAAUUGGAAGAAAUUGUAAUAGAACACUUUGAAUCCUGGAAACAGGGAUGUUCUGCAGAUGAAGACAAGAGUGAAAGCUCUCCUGGGGACACGAGGGUGAUGAUCUUCUCCUCGUUCCGGGACAGCGUGCAGGAAAUCGCGGAGAUGCUGGCGCGGCUCAGCCCGGCCGUGCGGGCCAUGACCUUCGUGGGACACUCCUCGGGCAAGAGCACCAAGGGCUUCACCCAGAAGGAGCAGCUGGAGACCUACAACCAAAGCCAGUGUAACAAAAGGAGCAUCCACAAAGCCAUUUCAGGGAACAAAACCCUUCAUUUCUACCAGCACAGCCCACGGAUGGUUCCAGAAGGCAUCAAUCCCAAAGUGCAUAAAAUGUUUAUCAGUGCUGAGGAGCAGGAGCCCAGCAGCUCAAGGAUGCUUUCCAAAGAGAGGAGAUCCAGUUCCCUGCAGCACAAAUCUGCUCUCCUUGCCUGUGGCACUGAAAACAAUCAAUUCUCUAUUUACCUUCUAUUUCAGACCUACAACCAAAGCCAGUGUAACAAAAGGAGCAUCCACAAAGCCAUUUCAGGGAACAAAACCCUUCAUUUCUACCAGCACAGCCCACGGAUGGUUCCAGAAGGCAUCAAUCCCAAAGUGCAUAAAAUGUUUAUCAGUGCUGAGGAGCAGGAGCCCAGCAGCUCAAGGAUGCUUUCCAAAGAGAGGAGAUCCAGUUCCCUGCAGCACAAAUCUGCUCUCCUUGCCUGUGGCACUGGCCAAAAGCAAACGAGCUCCCGUGAGAGCUGGGCCUUGUCUCCUGAGGAGUUUGAAAUAUGGGACAGACUCUACAGGAUUAAGGAAAGUGAUGGGAUAAAGGAACCAGUAUUGCCUCCAGUUCAGUUUGAAACCUUGGAAAACCUGCAGGAAACACCAUUCCCCCUGCAGAAGCCCGAGGAGGGGGCAGCUCUGGAGCUCUCCUUGUCUGAGUGGAGAAUUUGGCAGAAUCAGCCUCUGCCCACAUCCCUGGUGGAUCACUCGGAUCGUUGUCACCUCUUCAUCCAGGCCAUGGAAAUGAUGGAGCUGAUGAGGCACCAGCAGGGAGACUGCAGCUAUGGCCAGGAGCUCCAGCCUCACCUGCAGAUGGAAGAUUUGGAUAUUCCAGGGAACAAAAGGCAUUUCUCCAUGGCCAACCCUCCCUGGGAUCAGAGAACUCGCUGCUCCAGGAAAGACCUGGCAAAACCAAAACCAAAAGCAAACCCAAAACCAAAACCAAAACCAAAGCUGUUCCCACCUGAUUCAGGUGAUGAUGGGAGUGAGUUCUUUGCCACCUUUAAAAUAACCAAACCCAGGGCUCCCAAGAGAGCUCCUGGACUCCACGGGGAGGUUCCUGCAUUGCCUGAGGAUCCUUCGGCCUCUCCCUCGGGAACAAGGCUUGCUGUGGCCGGACACUCGGACCUGGCCAGUGACAGGGACGAGGGGCUGGAGGUGACAUUUGACUUAAAUGCAUUUAUUGACCUGUGUGACAACAGUGACAGCCCUGAGACCCCCGCCAGUCCAGCAGCACAGGAGAACAGCCCUGCAGGUAAAGCCAGCAGGAGCACCCGCAGGGAUUCGGGGUACGGCACCUCCCCCGUGGCCUCCGACCUGUUCUAUCUCCCCGAAUCCUGCAGGGAUCCCUUCCCACAGCUGAAGGAGCCCCCGGGGCUGGAAAAAGCAUUUUCCCAGGUGCAGAGGCUUUUGUCCCAGUCCCCUCCCUGUGGGGAUGAGCUGGAGGCUUUGGAGAGCGUGGUGAGGGGUGAAGGAAGCACAUCUCCUGCCCCACAGGUUCUCCCCCAUGGUCACUCAGAGGCACUGCGGGACAGCGUCUCCCCAAAAACUGAUCCUUCACUGCUGCUCCUGGAAAAUCCCAAAGUGACUGCUCCCAGGGAAGUCUGUGCCUCCAGAAGUCCCUGUUUGGCCCAGACUGUGUCACCUAGCAAGGCUGCUGCUGCUGCUGAGGAGGAGGAGGAGGAGCAGCUCUGGAACGAGAGCUUGGAUGGCCUGUUCGACAGUGAGGAGUUCCCUGAGAUCCCAAACAACGCUCCCAGCAGGAACCACCCCCUGACAAACGGCCCUCCCAAACCCGGGGACACGGGAGAGGCUGCCCUUGGAGCUGCUGCUGGGGAGCAGAGUCUCCAUUUGUUUGAGGAUGAGGCUGGUGAGGACACGGCCGAGGGCAGCCCCGCGGGCUCGGAGCCUCCAGCCAGGGCAGGUCCAGCUGGGACCAUCCCUGGGACUGAGGGAGAGCCAGGCAGGGAAUUCCCCCCUGGGAGCCCCAGCCAGCCCUGCAGGGAGCAGCCCUGGAGCAGGGAAUCCAUGGGAACAUCAGCAGUGGAUGAUCCCUACAACUGCUCCCAGGACCUGUUCUCCAUCACCUUCGACCUGGGCUUCUCCAUCGAGGACAGCGGGGAUGACACCUCGGAGGAGAGCAGGGAUGCUGACACCCCCAGACUGCACAGGGCUGAAUCCACUGAGGAUGUAAAAACCUCCCUGAGUGAUGGCUCCAGGCUGGGAACCUCGGCAGGGUGGGGCUGCAGAAGGAUGGAGAGGAGGGACCUGUCCACAGCGCUGCAGUUCCAGGGCAGGGCCAGGGGUGACGGGGAAGGCACCGAGGCUGCUCCUGCUGCAGGGCCUGGCCUCAGCUCAGGAGGCAGCAGAACAGGAAGGGAACCCCCUGAAGCUUCACCAUUUCUGACCCCAACAAGGAGGAAAGGUGUGAACAUCAAAGCUGUCAGAAGAAUUCCUAUGAAAGUCUUCUGGAAUGGCAGGGAGCAAAUUGCAGAGGUGUCUCCUGUAGGGCAAGCCAGAGAAAGCCCACGGAGGCAGAACUUUGGGAGAUCAGCCAUGGGUUCCCCUUCAGGGAGGACAGAAGGCCUGGAAGACACCAAACUCCCUGGAUCCUGUGGGUCUCCUGCUGCAGGAGCCAGCAGUGACAGCGAGGAGGAGAUCGUUUUCCAGAGGAAAAAAAGGAUAAAAAAGAAUGUUUUGAAGUCUCCUGAUGGGAUGGAUGGGAGCGACCUGGAGUCUCCAGUUGGGUUCACCAGGAAACGCCGGCGCCCUCGGAACGUGUCAGACACGUCCAGUGAGGACAGUGGGGAUUUCCAGCGGGGCAGGAACAGCUCCAGGAGCCGGCCAGGAGCAGCCAAGCGGCAGCGGCGCCUCAGUGGGAACAGAGCCAAGAUUCCCGAGCAAGACGCGGCUUACGCUGAGGACAGUUUCUGUGUGGGGGAGGAGGAGGAGGAGGAGGAGGAGGAGGAAGAGGAGGAAGAGGAGGAAGAAGAAGUGGCUGUGAGUUUUGAUGUGCUCAAGGCUUGCAGCAGGAGCCGGUACCUGACCCGGCGCAGGAAGAGGCUGAACCAGGCGGGGCUGGCAGGGAACGCUCCUGCCCCGCUGCAGAAGAAGAAACCAUCCCGAAUUAUUGUCCUGAGCGACUCCAGCGAGGAGGAGGAGACGGGAGCCAGCAGGGAGAAGCCCCUGGGGGCAGGGCAGGGCAAGGGGCAGCUCCCCCAGGCCCUGCCCUCAGCCCCCUCUGCCCAGCUCGGGAGCGGGGCUGGGGCAGCUCCUCAGCCUGGGGGACAGCACACGGAGAGGCUGCUGGGUUUGGAAGUGUCUGGGAUGCUGGAUCUUCCCCCAGAGCCUCCAGGCAGGAGCAGAUCCAUCCCCCCAGCUGGCUCUGCCUGCAGGAACACGGAUCUGCAGGCUGCUGCUGAGCACUCACAGGUGUGCAGCUCUUUGAAGACCCACGGGAGCAGCUCAGACUCGGCGUGUCCUGCUGUCCCAAAGCCUUCCUCAGCCACAGCUCGGAUUUCCCGUGUUCCUGGGGAUGCCAGGCUGUCCCUGGCUGGAAUUUCCCGUGUUCCUGGGGAUCCCAGCCCAUCCAUGGCUGGGAUUUCUGUUCCUGGGGAUCCCAGCCCCUCCCUGGCUGGAAUUUCCCGUGUUCCUGGGGAUCCCAGCCCAUCCCUGGCUGGGAUUUCUGUUCCUGGGGAUCCCAGGCUGUCCCUGGCUGGAAUUUCCCAUGUUCCUGGGGAUCCCAGCCCAUCCCUGGCUGGGAUUUCUGUUCCUGGGGAUCCCAGCCCCUCCAUGGCUGGGAUUUCUGUUCCUGGGGAUCCCAGCCCCUCCCUGUGCAUCCUGGCAGACAGCCGGGAGAUCUGCUCGGGCCCGGAGGUGCUGUCGUGCCUGCGGGCCGUGCACGGGCUGCGGCUGCAGAUCUGCUCCCUGGGCACCAGCGAUUACAUCGUCAGCAACCGCCUGGCCGUGGACAGGGUGCUCCAGUCGGAGCUGCAGAGCCCCGGGAACAGGAAUAAACUCAGCCGGAGGCUGCAGUGCCUGCAGGGCAUCUUCCAGAGGAUCUGUGUGAUUGUGGAGACAGACAGGGUCAGGCCAGGAGAAACAUCCCGGUUUUUCCAGAGGACUCAGUACUAUGAUGGAGUGCUCUCGGCCUUGGUCCAGGCUGGGAUAAGGAUCCUCUUCAGCUCCUGCCAGGAGGAAACUGCAGCUCUGCUGAAGGACCUGGCUCUGCUGGAGCACAGGAAGGACGCUGCCAUCCAGGUGCCAACCGAGCCGGAGGGGCACCGGCGGGACAUCCUCAACUUCUACCUGAGCAUUCCCAACCUCAGCUACGGAGCUGCCCUCAACCUCUGCCACUCCUUCGGCUCCAUCGCCGCCGUGGCCAACAGGUAACGCCAGCACAGGGCCCGGCAGGGCCUCCGGGGCCCGGCCAGCCGCUCCUUCUCCUCCCCUGGAGCCAGGGAGAGCCUUCCUGCACCUUUCCUGCCGGGAUCGCUGCUCAGGGAAUUCCUUCCUGCACCUUUCCUGCCGGGAUCGCUGCUCAGGGAAUUCCUUCCUGCACCUUUCCUGCCGGGAUCGCUGCCCGGGAAGAGCCUUUCCCACCCUCUCCCGGGAGCUUUCCUGUCCCGUCUCAGCUCUUUACACAUUCCAGUCUCUCCCGGCUGAGCAGCCCGGGGCACUGGCACGGGCUCUGCUUCCAUCCCCUCUCCUGCUGCCCCACCCUCUGUUUCCCUCUGCCAUUCCCUGUUUUCACUGCUCAGCUGUGCUGUCAGCCCUCGGGCACCUGUGCAGAGGUGACCGCAGCAGCUCCCGGUCCUUACCCCAUCCCGGGCAGUGUGUCCUGGGCUCCUCCCGUUCCUGCCCCAUCCCGGGCAGUGUGUCCCGGGCUCCCGGUGCCAUCCCGGGCUGUU